UUUAUAAUGGACUUAAAUGAGUAUAUCCCAGAUCCUUCUGAUGAAGACAAUUCUGAUACAGACAUGUUUGGCUAUAGAGACGAAUUUAUUGAGUCAGACUCGAACGGUGGCAAGGAGAACAUUUAUAACAGUUGCUGAAAACUGUAAAAGCAACCAUAAACUGUAGAAUUGUUAAAACCUGUAAAACUGAUUUCUAAACUGUAAAAAUGGUUAAAUCAAAAAAUUUUCAGCAAAAAGAUUGUGAGACACACAUAUCAAAAUGUGAAUUCAUAAUGAAAAGAUAAGUGUUGAAAUCAAUUAUUCGAUAUCGAUCAUUCAUUGUAUAUAUACCAGAUUGCAUCUUCCCUCUAUUGAAUAGAGUGUAUCAACUAAUAUCAUCCCAUUCACUUGUCAACCCAUCACAUCACAUAGCAUAUCAUGCCUGUGAUUAAGAAUAUUGAUAGUUUUAUAGAAUUAGCUACUGAUUUAUUAGUAGCUUAUCCUAAUACUACUUUAUUAUCGAUAACGUAUACCAAUGUAUCCAAGAAGAAUAAGAAGAAAUCGGAAUCUUCCAGUGGAGUAACUAAGAAAUCGAAUGCUAGUAAUUGUGUUAAUAUCAAAUUAUAUGAACCAAAUGCGGGAAAGACUCAUAAAUAUAAAACUUAUAAGAUUAAAGAAUUAUCCCGAUUAUUGACUUUUAUUGGUCCAAGAGGAGUUAAUAUCGGAGGUGAUCAUAUGGUUGGGUUAAGUAGUAUAAUGAGUAAUGUCAAAUAUGAUGAAUCGAAGGAAAUAGAAGAUGCUGAGAAUGAAAUCAUUAGAGAAAGUACUCCUGCUGUUGGUGGUGGUGAAGAUGUUGGGGAUCGUUUAAGUCCUGUUCCGGUUAGUAAAUCUACUAAAUCUAAAUCUAAGAAUAAGAAAAAGAAGAAGAAGAAUUGAAGAGAGGAGAAUAGUUUAUGAUUCAUGAAGUUAUGGUUAUGUGUAUUUUUUGUUCGUAUAAAUCUAUAUAAAAUGAAGUU